AUGGGCCUCACCAUCUCACGGCUCCGCGUCCCACGAGGAUUAGUCAUCCCAAGAGGAUUCGCCGUCAGAGCCAUCAUCAUCAUCAUCGUCCUCCUCGUCAUCACCCAAACCUACCUCACCAACCUCAAGCCAGUACCAAUACGACCCACCGCACGAUACAUCGGCACCAACUACGACGAGCUCACCCAGUUUGAACCCCACCACGACAUCAAAUCCUUUUGCAAUAAACUCCCCGCACCAAGGAACAAGCGCGGCCUCGUUAUCUCGGACAAGUCCAAGGCCGACGGUCCCCUCAAGAUCUUUUACUGGAGGCACGGUAGCAGAUACGGCUGGACUGACUGGGAUUGGGAGUCCCAGACAAUGUGCCCCAUCCCCAUGGAGCUGCAGGAGUUCUUUGACACCUUCAGGACCAAAGUCAUCAACAAACCCGACCUCGUGUGGAGCACCGGAUAUGCCCCCUGUUACUUCUGGAAGACAUUUGAUGGACAGGUCGAGGAUCGUUAUGGGUCCUGCAACAGCAAACACAGCGGCUACCUCGACUACACCUUCUCAACCAACUAUACCGACUUCCCCAACGCCGACAUUAUCUACAUGGACCAUCCUCUGCACCUCGGUACAAAACAGGCCCCAUACUACAACAGUCAACUCUUGCCUCCCAAACUGGCUCAUCAAAAGUGGGUCCUGCGCUACGGCGACGACUCUAUUGCAGGAUAUCCCUAUAUGGCCCUUCCAGCGUUCCUCCACCGCUUCGACCUCACAAUGGGAAGUCCACCCUCAAUGAUGGAUAUCCCCGACCCAACCUACCCCAUCACCCAGGACAAAGCCAUCGAACUCGCAAACACAAAGCCGUCGCUCGCCUUCAACAAGAAGACUGACCAUCUCAUCUCUGUCGUGACCUCCGAGUGCUGGCCGUGGAACAACCGCAACGACCUAAUCGACCAUCUCGUCAAGAAUGCAGGCGCACAUUCAUACGGAAACUGCAAUAACAACAAGGAGGUGCCCAAGGAACUCAAGAAGGACGACCUUCCUCGAUCCUUCGUCAAGCAGACGUUGAUGACCAAGUACCCCUUCGGUCUUGCAGCUGAGCACUCCAACUGCGUUGGCUAUGUUACGGAAAAGAUCUACGACGUCCUUGCCUCCGGUGCCAUCCCUGUCUACUUUGGAGCCUCUGACAUUGCCGACUUUGUCCCCGAGGGCAGUUACAUCGACGUCAAGGAUUUCAAGGACAACGACGAGCUAGUGGCAUACUUGAAGACGGUCGAUCGGGCGCCCUUUUACAAGUGGAAGGAGAUUGUCAAGAAAGAUCCAAGCAAGUUUUGCAAAAGCUGCUUCCCUGCACCUGCCGAGUCGGCCUGGUGCGCCAUCAUGGACAAUGUCCAAUAUGUAUAG